GUUCUAGUACUUUACAUGCAGAUAGUUUGCAGAACGUAUCCUCAGUAUUUAAGCUAGCUCGGUUUGUUUUGGUGUGCAUGUUUGGGGGGGGGCAAUGUUUACUUAAUAUUGGUUUGUAAUGUUCAUAUUCGUAGCCACGUGCUUGAUUUAUAUUGUUUCGAUCAGAAACAAUAAUACUGUAUUGUUUGUUUGUUUAUUUUAUGCAUAGCUAUGUUGAAGAAUGAGAAAAAGACGAACUGCAGUGAUGAAGAGGUGUCUGGUUAAUGGCGUAUCAUAUGAUAAAAUAGCACAGGAGGGGGGUAACGUCACAACUCUGGAGAUCUUUUUCUCUGGUUUCCCCCGAAUGGUUGGGCUCUUCUUCUUUCCAAAUCUUUGCCAACUCACCAUAGUGGACCAGACCAUCGAACACAUUGAAGGCCUGGAGAACUGCCCUCUGCUGCAGGAGCUCUGGAUAGUCCAGUGUCGUCUUAGAGAAAUAUCUGGACUUCAAAACUGUCAAAAACUAGAGAAACUGUACCUUUAUAAUAAUCAGAUAUGUUACAUACAAAACUUAGAUUUGCAGGUGAACCUUGAAGUUCUGUGGCUCAACAAUAACUGCAUCACUAAAAUCCAGGGUUUGGAUACGCUUCAGAAGCUAAAGGAACUAAACCUCGCUGACAACUUAAUUGAAAAGAUUGGGCACAGCCUUGAUCCAAACGUCAGCCUUGAAAUUCUUAAUCUAUCCGGGAACCAGAUCAGCUCCUUCAAGGAGCUGGCCCAGCUUGCCCGUUUGCCCCGUUUGAAAGAGCUGGCCCUCAAGGAUCCCAUGUCAACUCCGAACCCAGUGUGCCUCCUGUGUAACUAUGCCACACACGUUCUGUACCACAUGCCAGGACUCCAGCAGCUCGAUUCCUACAAUGUUUCUGACAAGCAAGUCAAAGAGGCUGCCGAGGCUGCAGUAAUGAAGAAAAUGAUGUACUACAACAUGCGUGUGCGCUCUGCUAAGAGAACCCUGUCAGAGAAGCAGCUCAGUCUGACAGAAAAGAAGAAAACUCUUCUGCAGCUGCCUGAGGAACGCAUCAGGACCCUCAGCUAUGCUCUCAAAAAACUUGAGCGUGAACUUAGCACGGCGCAAUUUGGUUGCAAGGAGUCUGGCUGCACGUGGAGCGAUGACCCAGGAGGGCACAUUUACCUUAAUGACAGUCUACAAGCAAGGAGCGACUCAAACGUCAAACUUGAUCCUGCAGCGGUGCACCAAAUACAUGUUAAGAUUGAAGCCCUGAGGGAAAGACUGACCUUCUGGACCAAAAGGAUGGAUGACAUUGAAGCCUGGUAUCAGAGAGAAGAGGCCCGCGCUGCAAACAAAACAGAGCAUGUGGUUCAGUUUCUAUACAUGGAGCUAGAAAGUGUUGGUAACAUUCGUCUGGAAACAGGCUGUCCCACGGAUCUUUGGUUCAAUUCUUGCUGCAACCUGCUGGUUUCUCGCUUUGCUUCUUCCGAGUACAAGACUCUCAACGUCACGGACAUUAAAGUCGACAGAGUCUUCCGCAUCCACAACAGCGCUUUGAGGCAUCGCUUUGUAGAAAAGCUGCACAGCCUGAUGGGAAACGAAGACGCUGCCGCCUUUCUUCAGCAUCACAGAAGGCGGAUGGAGUAUUUAUUCUACGUGGCCGACCCUGAGAAAUGUGAGAAAGAAGAGACUUUCUGCAUUCUGCAGGAAGGCUUCACAACAACGCAACAAAAGACCACAGGAAGAGAGGCUGCUGUGCCUUUAUCCAAUAGCUUAGCUGUGGCUGAACAGCCCAGAAUUGAGUUUCUGCUUCAACAAGACCGUCAAGGUGAUUUCAGACAAAGAAUGGAGGCAAUUCGACACGGUCAGGUCAUUGUCUCCAAAGUAUUUAUCGGCAACAGCAUGCCGUUCCGUGAUGGAGAUCUGGGCGACAUAAGCAGAUACCCUAAAGUGUACUCUGUGUAUCGCAACGUGGAUGCCAAAUCAAAACCUCCAGCAAGCGAUGACCUUCCAAGCUCAGGCAAAACACACACUGAGACGAAUCCUCCUCGAAGACAGUGGUUUGUGUUCCAGCAUGAGCUCGUCCUGCCAGAAUACAUCAUAUAUUUUGAGUAUAUUUUGGAGGACCAAUCUACCUUAAACACCAGCACCGUCAAUGAUCCUUUGAAUGAAAUCCUGGACAAAGCCUCCCUCAACAUGGAACCUGUUCUAAAACUGGAGCCGGAACUCUUGAGCUUAAAUGAUAAAAUACUUCUAAAUGUUGCCAAUGCCAGCGUCCUUAGUCAGAUCACUGUGCUUAACCUUCAUGGCAACAGUCUGAGUGAAAUAAAAGAGAUUUCCCGGCUUACAGCUCUGAGACAUCUAACCAUCAGCUUCAAUAAGCUCACACACCUCGAUGACUUCUCCUACAUGCCCAGCCUUGAGUUUUUGGAUGCUAGCUUCAACCAUCUGGUGACGCUGGACGGGUUGCAGGGCUUGAAACAUCUGGAACAUCUCGAUGUAAGCUGGAAUAAGUUAUCCGGAGCUAGAGAGAUCACAUCUGUGCUUAGGAAACACGCGCCUGCUUUGCUCAAACUGGACACCCGAUACAAUCCAUGGAGAAGGAUUUUCUUUUCCCCCUUUAAGCCAGAGGCUGUCAGAAGUACCCUUCUGGGUCGUCUUACAACCCUCACCUACCUCGAUGGGGCGUCGGUGUCAAAGGAGGAAGCUGCUGAAGCUGCACAGGUUGCUGCUGCGUCCAAAAUUAACCAGGGCAUCUUGCAGGCAUCUCUUCUGGCACACUCCAGCUUUAGCAGCGAUUAUCCCAGACGACUUAGCUUGCUGUCAACAGUUCAUCUGUGCAGUCCGGCGCCAGCAGACUGCACUGAUGGGGGACCCAGCAAAGAAAUGGAGCCAGACUGGACUCUGAAGAUAACCUCCCUUAACUUUGACAACCAACGGAUUUCCAAGCUUAAUAGUUUGAACAAACUCGAGAACUUGCGCUGGGCUUCCUUUAAUGACAACAACAUCUCCAGAGUGGAUGGGAUUGAAUGGUGCUUAAAGCUAGAAGAGCUUUCACUUAACAACAACUGCAUCGUCACACUUAAAGGUCUGGGGAAACUGCGUCACCUGAAAAAACUAAGUGUAGAUGGGAACCAGCUGUCCGGUCUAGAAGCCUCAGUGUUAAAACAGCUGUCUGACCUGGUUUUUCUGUCUGUGGAGAACAACUCCAUCACCACCUUGGAUGGCAUCCAGAACGUUCAGUCUCUCCUUGAACUCUACGUCGGAAACAACUGGAUUUCUUCGUCGAGGGACGUUCACUUUCUCAAACAGGAGUUGGCGAACCUCAUCAUUCUGGAUCUCUAUGGGAACCCUUUAGUGGAAAAACUGGAAAACUACAGAAUAUUUGUCAUUUUCCAUCUGCCCUCUCUUAAAGCUCUGGAUGGAGUCGCAGUGGAUGCAAGUGAGUGUGAGAGUGCAAAAAGCAUGUUUAAGGGAAGACUAACAACUGAUAUGGUGGUAGAAAAGCUGGGUCACUCAAACUACACUGAGAUCAUUUACCUAACCCUGCAGUCCUGCUCCAUCAGGAUGGUUGAUCUGUCCCCACCAGAGCUCUUCUGUAAUCUGUGCAGCAUCAAUUUAGACCACAACCACCUCACCUCCUUCUCGGGCCUCAUCCACCUGCCCAACCUCAAAGCAUUGAGUCUUAACUACAACCAUAUUGAGUCCAUUCUACCCAAACACAAGAUUCAGGCUCCUCUGACAAACAGACAGAUUCUGCACAGUAGAGUCCAUUCCAGUGGAUAUGGACAGCAGAGCCCGGGGAAGACUAACAGGGAUACUGGGCCCUCUGGCAGCUUAGAGCCGCUGAUGGGAGGCCUGGAAGUGCUUCAUUUGAGUCACAAUGGCAUCUCCAAUAUGGCCAAUCUGCAGCUCAGCAGGCUCACCAAUCUUAAAUCCCUCUUUCUCCAAGGGAAUGAAAUUAGCCAAGUGGAAGGCUUGGAGGGGCUGCAGCAGCUUAGAGAGCUCGUGCUAGACAGAAACCGGAUUAAAGCUUUGGCCAGGAACUCCUUCGCAGCCCAGAGCGAGCUCCUCGAACUGCACCUCGAGUACAACCGAAUCCGAGAGCUCAACCACCUGGAUCCCCUGGUCGAGCUACGCAAGCUCUUCCUCGGCAUGAACAAGCUGCAGGAUGUUAGUGAACUUGAAAAGCUAGAAGUUCUUCCAUCACUGACAGAGCUCUCUGUGAUUGGCAACCCGGUUGCUCAAAAUUCUUUGCACAGACCAGCAGUACUCCUUCAUCUUUGCAGGUUGCAGUUCUUAGAUGGAGUGAUGGUAACUCUGGAAGAGCGGACCAGGGCUGAGCUCUUAAAUGCAGAUCCAGCACAAAGCUCUCAGGGGGUCGGAGCGUCUUUCCCGACAACUGAAUUCAACCUGCCAGGACUCCCGCCACUUCUGGCUUACAACACGACUAUUAAAGGAAUAAGCAUAAGUGGAAGACCACAAAACCUCAUGCAUGGACAUGAAACACUGACAAGCAAAAAGCACAAGCACGGUAAUGUUGGUCGGAGCAGCCAAACUGACUAUAACGUUAGACACGCUCGUAGAACAGGAGGUAACCCACCAGCCAACCGAGUCCUGUUCGAGGGAAACAGAGACACGAAUGGAAAUUCAAAACUGGAGCAAGACACCAGAUGUCUGUUUGAUGACAAACUUCAACACAUGUAGCUUACAGAUUAUUCUGGAGUGAACUCACAGUCCAAUGCAAAAUCACACUGCAACGUCUAAGAGUUUGACAACAUUUUUAAACAAUCAUUUUAUGAAACAUUAAUGGUGUGAAAUUGCUAGUAUUUUUGUUUUCUGAAGUAGCAAUAAAACUUUUUAGCUUUGAUAAAAUUAUGUGGAUAAAAUCAUUUGUCGUUACUUUAAUUAAAUGGUUAUAUAGAGAUAAAUAAAAGAGCUUCUAUAGGAGGAUAUCCUAUAUGUUCUCUUAAAAGAAUUAAUUUCAAAUGUGACAUAAUUUUUUUCUCCACAUAUGUGGAUCACUAAACAUGUUAAUCUGAGGAUGAGAGGUAUUGGUGUCAUGUCAACCACCAUCCCCAAACAAGUUUAAAAAAAAAAAAAACACCCACAGAUGUGAAAGCGUGUGAGGCUGGCAUGGUUCAUCCAUCGGGUCAAAUGCAUCCCCAACAAGUGGAUAAUCCAGCUUUAACACACCUCUCCGUGGACAGUAAUCUGCAUUCACUCAGAUAAAGAUGUAAUCUUGAGUAAGGUCCAAAUGGAUUUUAGAGAUUGUGGGUUUCAUCGUGUUAGCCUCUUUUCUUAACGCCAGUGUGGUUUUGUCUCCAACAAGCAAAACUUGGUUGUGAGAAGU